AAACCCUAGAAUUGAAUCGAGGCACCGGUGGCGGCGGCGGCGGCGAGCGAGCGAGCGAAAAAGAAAUCGAGGAUAAGGCGAGGGAAGAGGCAAUCAUGUCCCUCCGACGGGCCGUCAGUUUCCUCCUCACACGGAGGCUCUCGUCGCGGGUGAUCCCAAGGACGGCUCCUGCAGGCUCUUUCCACUCCUUGGGCCUCCCCAUCGGCGAUGGCCUUCGUGGUGCUGCUGGUGUGGCCGCGGCCGCUGCUGCGUUUGCUGGUGCUGGAACCUUGGCAGUUCAAUAUUUCAGGAAAGGCCCAAAUGAUGAUGAGCCAGCUACUCGCAAGAAAGAGCAGGACAUCUAUAUAUAUAAAGAGGAGGAGAUGCAAGAGAGGUUUGCGAAUUGGAUGAAGCGGUUCAACAAGACAUACCGAAACGAGAAAGAGAAGGCUAUGCGGUUCCAAGUAUUCAAGGAAACCAUGACGUGGAUUGAAUCGCAGCCCCCAUCUUCCCAGAAGCUUAUGCUUCCAGGAAACUGUUUUGCAGACUUGAGAAGCGAGGAGCUUCCGUGCAGCCAGACCUGUAUCGGUGAUUUAGAUGACCCAGACACUAAAGAUUACCGCGAGAACAAGUUUGUCACCGAGAAUGUGGAAGGACAAGCAAUCGUAUGGAAGCCAGUAUGGCCAGCCGUGAAGCAGGGCGGCAAGCAAGCAACUCAAGUCUCUGCCUAGAAACGAUAUCCGGUGCACGUAACAUGACAUAAGGUCCAACGUAUGGGAACACUCUUUCUUUUUAUAACUUGUAACAAGGGGGGGAAACAUGAACAUGGUUACCGUUUAUCAAAUGCUUGGCAAGACAAUCGUGGAGGAGGCUCUUAGAAGCAAAAGUAAGAAGAGUAGCGCCACAGGAAAGAUGUUCGCAGCUGCUUAAUGAAUGGUCAUCAAUCUUUUGGAUUGUGCUUGGUACUCUUGUUGGGAAUUUCUUUGCGAUGUAGAAGUGUGAAGGUUGGUGGUC